UCGCUGCAAACACCAACUCCUAUUGGCUCAGACAAACAUCAAUCUCUGAACCACGUAAUACUAUUGGUCAAUCCUUUUCUGGAAACGCUGUUGAACUUGUGUGCCUUCAUGUGUCGUCUUGGCCCUACGCUAGGUACGCAGUACGCGUCACAUAUGAGGCAACACAAUACUUGAAUCCAACAGUUGAACUCUGUGCUCUUGUUGAACCUGUCACCUACUACACCUCACACUUGGAUCAUUCAUACAACAACAUGGCAAACAUUGGCAGACUCUCCACCAAGGAUGCAGUGCUCUUUCUGUGUGACAUGCAGGAGAAGUUCAGACCCAACAUCUUCCAGUUCACCAACAUCGUCAGCAAUGCAGCAAGAUUGCUUCAGGGCAGUCGUGUACUGGGCAUCCCUCCCAUUUUGACUGAGCAGUACCCUAAAGGCCUGGGUCCCACGGUACCCGAGCUGGGUGCAGCAGACCUGAAAGCUCAUGCUAAAACGUCAUUCACCAUGAUGAUAGAGGAGGUGGAGAAGGAGCUGCAGGCCCUGGGAAACCCCAAACAGGCUAUACUGUGUGGAAUAGAGGCACAUGCCUGUAUUGCAUGUACCACAUUUGACCUGCUGGAAAAGGGAAUGGAGGUUCAUAUUGUGGCUGAUGCCGUCUCAGCCAGAAGCCAGACAGACCGUUUGUUUGCUCUGUCCCGACUGAAGCAGAGUGGAGCUUACCUCACCACCACAGAGGCCGUUCUGCUGCAACUGGUUCAAGAUGCUAAACACCCCAACUUCAAGGAGAUCCAGAAGCUGUUGACCCACCCGUCCCCCGACACUGGCCUGCUCGCCUUCUUCAGCUCUCUGUAGGGAGAUCAUCAGCUCACAUUCUGCACUGACUUUCAGUGCCACCAACAUCCUGAUAAAGUGCUUCAAUAAAGUCCUGCUGCUACUUAAA